AGACAUUGCUUUGAAAUAUACGUGCUACAGUGUGUAGUAGCCCUGAUCACUCGGUUUUCCGUGCACUGAUCGCCAGCAGUGUGCAGUAACCUUGGUUUUGACAGUGUUCACUAUGUGUCAAUCGGAUGGAUGGGGACUCUGUUCAUGCGUUUUAUAUCCUUUUUUAAAAUUUUGCGAAGACGAAAGACGCACCGUGUUUUAGCGAGAAUCCUUUCAUACCACAUCAGUACUUUGUUGCUCCGCAAGAGGUGAUCAAAGUUUUCCUCGUUCAUGACUCUGAAAUGGGCGGAAUAUUACAAAAGUUUUUCAGUGGUUUAAGUCGGUCGCGCUUGUCUGGUUCGUGUGCUUCAAAAGAAAUACGCGAGACGCUAGAAUGCGAGAUGGAAGAAUCUGGAGUAUCGAAGAUUCCGGACACGGUAGUGGGGCUUUCAGCGCCAGCAACCAUCCCAAGUGAAAAGAAGCAAAGGCUAGUUUCUAGAAACAUAGACGUACCGAAACCACCGAAAGCAGACCGUCGUGUUAACUAUGACACCAAAAUACGUGACUCAACGUUGCUGUAUUACAUGGAACAUACAGCUAUGAAGAAGAAAAAUAAAUCUCGCAGACGUGCGUACCGAUCAGAAGGCUUGGGGACAUUGGAUUGGAAUAGACCAACACAUGUAUGCGAAAAACAACGAAAUAGUGACAGUCCAGAUUUGAUAUUUCCAAUGGAUUAGCUAUCACACAUUCGGUUUAUAUAUUUACUACUGUUAUAUAUUUGCCUGCAUCUGAACACUAUAAAUUUCAAUUCAAAUAAAAACGUUCUGAACUACCUAUGAUGAAUAGUUGGGAUCGAAAAUACAACAAGUGUAUCGGUGUUCAAUGGCAGAGCAAUGUUAGUAAUAUUUAGUUUUCUCAGGACGCAGCACGUGUGCUUUCUGGUUUUUUCUGGUCGCCAUUGACAUGGCCACUUCGAGAGAAGGAUUUGCAUCGGAGGAUUUGCAAAUGGGAGAGGGAAUUUGCUUCACUAGUGCAGUGAGCCGAACCUGUACUGUUCCUACUGUUUUUUUAUUCCAUCCCUAUCGUGCAAUUGCUCAAAGGGGCCAAAGUUAACCAAACCCCAAUAAAUCCGAACCAAACC